GAAAUUCGCCCCCCAUCCGCGCCCUGCGACAUCAUUGUCGCAUUUCUGGAGAAGGCACAGAAUGCGAGCACGGGUGCAGCUGCCAUAAUAAAGAUAUGAAUUGUGUUCAGACACAAGCCUGCACUUGCAACGUGAUAAGCAGCAGGACUCGAUAAAAAGUUUCUGCCUCGCGCUGGUCUCAUGAGCAAUGCUACGCACACAACGUAACGAGGGAUGAAUUAGAUAUACUCUAUGGUGAACGCAUACACGCUUAGUUUUGGGAGACUGGUAGUUCAUGCGAAGGCACUCGAGUAGGAAGCGCACAGGACGCUAAGCAUACAUGCGCGAGUCUACGCAAAGGAUCCUACCGCAAGCUCAACUGGCAGGCGCCUGCAGCACCAGCUAGCUGCUGCUGGCCGCGCGCGCGCCGCCCAUGGAGACCUUGUCGAAGGCCACGGGGCGGCACUCUCUGUUCAAGGGCGUCACGCUGUACAAGCCAACUCUGAGGUGGCGUGCACAGAUAUCUCAUGGUGGACGGACAGUAACACUUGGCGACUACACACGUGAAGAGGAGGCCGCGCGUGUGUUCGACCGCGCAUGCAUCUGCAAGUUGGGCCGGCAAGCCAUCACCAACUUCCCACACGAGGACUACGAUGGCGAGUGGCACGAGCUGGUUGCGAGCAAUAUUCCUGCCUUGCUCAUCAAGCUGAAGGAGGAGAGGCAGCGGAGCAAGGGCUUUAAGACGCAAGCCAGCACCAGAGGUGGCAGGUCAUCAACGGCGGCCGCCGCAGGUCUCUGCAGCGGCGGCGGCGGCGGCGGCAGUAGCAGCAAGCUGCUUCCGCCCUCGCAUGUCGCGGCAUCAACUACUGCAAAUAGCGCACAGCAGCAGCAGCAGCCCGUGCCCUCGCAGAAGAAACAGUCGCGGGUAUAUGCGCAGCAGCUGCCAGCAGCUGCAUAUCAACCGCCGCAGCCACACUAUCUGGCAAUGGUGGCCGCCGGUGCUCAGCAGCUGCAGCAACAGCAGCAGCCAGCAGCAACUGCAGCGCCCAGCAACAGCAAGAGCAACAGCGACAGCAGAAGCCUGGCGGCGGCAGGACUGCUGCUUGCAAAGGCACCGGCUGCUGCAGCCCGCAACCACCACACAACCGCCGCAGACAACACUGCUGCUGCUACUGCUGCUGUUGCUGCUGACGCCGGCUAUGGUGACAGGCGGCCAUCGUCCGCGGCAGUCGUACCUCCAGCAGCACCCAGAGGUCACUGCUGGGAAACCGCUGCGUGUGGUGUUGAUGACGAUGAGGGCCCGCGGCGCCAUGCUCAGCAGCAGCAGGGGAGCGGCGGUAGGAAUGGCACCGCCGCCGCGGCGAGGCCUGCUGCUGUGCGCCCAUCGCUGCCGCUGCAACGCUCUGCUGCAGCAGCAGCAGCAGUGGCAGAAGCCGGCGGGUCUCGGUCUUUGCAGCAGCAGCAGCAGCAGCAGCAGCAGCAGCAGCAGCAGCAGCGACGGGCGACCGCCGCCGCUGCCCGCUGCGCCACGGAUGUCGCUGAUGUUGCUGCUGCUGGCGGUGACGAGAGCGGACCGGCAGGCGCCGUUGACUACUGGAACGCUAUUGACACAGACACCGCCAUGAAGGAUUCUGCAGCGAGCCUGCUGCUCGGCAAGAGGCAGAGGUGCGAUGGCGACCACCAACAGCCAGCAGCAGUAGCAGUAGUGCCAGGAGCGUCCGGGGUGGCAGCUGCUGCUGGUAGGCCCUCGCUGCUGCCACCGCAGCUGCUCGCGGCUCUGCGGCAGGCGGCGGCUGCUGCGCUCUUGUUGCCGCCGGCGCAAACCGCUGCCAUUGCUCUGGGCGGCGGCGGCAGCGGCGGGCUGCUGAAUCCACAGGCGCAGGAAGGCAGCGGCAACCGGCGGCGUCACGGCGGUGGGCAUUGCGGCGGCUCAGAAGGGCCUGCCGGCGGUGCGGGUGAUGGGUAUGGUGGUGAUGCCGGCGGUGGUGGCGGCGGCGGCGGCGGCUCAUUACGCGUAAAGCUGGAGGCCGGUGGCCGCUGCCACGACGCCGAUGUGCAAGGCGAUGGCGUUGACACGGACCCGCAGCAGCAGUGGUGGCUGCCUGCCGGGGUCCCUAAUAAGCAGCCGCAGGCGCAGGCUACGCAGGCGGCUCAACAGCAGGCACCCGCGGCAUCAUCAGCUUCGCCGCAGCUUCUGGAGCUUAACUCCCGGCGACACAGCAGCAACCUCAUGUUCGAUUCAGAUGUUGGCGACGGCGGUGGAGGCGGUAAUGCAGGCGGCGGUGGCGGCAGUGGCGGUGGCAGGGGCUCCGCUGGCAGCAGCGGCGGCGGCUGCAGCGGCAGCCGCGCAGCCGUUGGCGGCGCGACACUACUGCUGAACAAGAAUGAUCCGCGUCUGCCGCAUCACAUGCCACCGCCUGCAACUCACGCUUUGCCUGCUCACCCUGCGUCUCCACGGUCCGACGCACCGGGAGCGGCAGCAGCUGCUGCUGCUGGCAGUAGCAAAUACGCAGCAGCAGUGGUGGCAAGAGGUGACGGUGGUGGGUAUCAAUAUGCUGGGAGCAUUCGCACGUACGCCGCGGCGGCGGCCGCCUCGGCGUACGAGCCCCUUGAAUACGAACUCCCUGAGCAGCAGCAGCAGCAGCAGCAGCAGCAGCAGCGGCAGCAGCGCGCAGGCGGCGAUAGCUCGCGAGCAGCAGCGGCGGCGGAUGAGGCAACAGCGGCAGGAGCGGGCAGGCAGCAGCCUAUGCAUGGCAGGCUGAUGCGACAUGCACUACUCGACAUGGAAACCUCCAAAUUGCACGGCGGCGGGUUGCUGCAGGCGGUGCAGCAACGACUACAGCAGCAGUCAAUGGCGGCGGCGGCAGUUGCAGCUUCAUAUGCGGAGGAUGAGGAGCGGACCGGCGGCGGCGGUGGCGGCCUGGGCAACCUCGUGCAGUUGCUGCAGCGGGCGUUAGUUCAGCAGCAAAUGCAGAAGCAGCAGGAGGAGCUGAAAGCCAGACAGCAGCAGCAGCAGGAGGAGGAGAAGGAGCAGGCAGCGAUGGCAAGGCAGCGUCAGCAGCAAUACCUGGUGCAGCAGUUGUCAGAUUUGCUGCAGCUGCGGACGAUCACCGCUGCUCCCGAUGCAGACGCUCUUGCUGCUGAUGGUGAUGCUGCUGGCUAUGCUGGCGCCAGCAGAAACAAAUAUCAGCGGCGGCAGCGCGCCAGUAGCGGUAGCGAUGGUCGCGCUGCCGCGACCGCAGCCUUUGUGCCACCCGAUGCGCCGGUGGUGGGCGAUGAUCUUGAUGCUUUUGCAAUGGCUGCUGCGAUGGCAGGAACCGAGGCAAUGCUGGGCGGCGGCGGCGCUCGUGAUGACAGCCGCGGUGGCGGCGUGGUCAUGCAAGCAGCUGCGAAGCGUCAGCGACUGUCUGCCGCGAGCGGCGGCGGCGGCGGCGCAUGCAAGCAGCAGCAGCAGCAGCCAAGCGCCACAGCCGACGCAGCGGAUGAGGACGAUGGCGCGGCGCAGCAGCAUUAUUACGCAAGGGCGUACGGGGAGUCUUUCCUAUCCUCAUUAUUAUUGGUGCCCAGCAGAUCAUCACUGGGGCAGCUGCCUCCUGACGCCGAGUGGCUACUGCUGCAAUACCAGCAGCAACGCCAGCAGCAGGAGGAGCAGCGGCAGCUACAGCAGCAGCUGCAGCAAGAGGCGCCGCCGCCGGAGCUGUUGCAGCGGCUUUUGCAGCGGGAGAAGCAGCAGCAGCAGCGGCAGCGGGAGCAGCAAACGGCAUCGCGCGGCCUAGAUGGUGCCGCAGCAAUGCGCUCUCAGCCCCAGCAGCAGCAACAGCAGUCGCAUUCCCUCCACAUCCGCAAUGGGCAGCAACAGAUAGACGACGUCUCGUCGGAGGCGCGGGCAGAAUACGAUAUGCAUGUUACUGAUGUGAGGGAGGAAUACACGGACGAGUAUGUCAGCAGGCAGGAGCAGCAGCAGCAGCAGCAGCAGCCGUGGGCGCGGCGGCAGCGGCAGCAGCAGCAGCAGCAGCGGCAGCACCUGCUGGCGCUCAUGCCGCUCAACGGCGCGUACAGCGAGCGGCACCACCACCAGCAGCAGCAGCAACAGCCGCAGCAAGACCGGUAUGGCAGCAGCAGCAAUGGCGGCGGCAUUCCGACAGGCGGCCAGCUGCUGCGGGAGACAGGUGUGGCGGCUGCUGGUGCUGCUGGGUCGGCGGCGGCGGCGGCGGCAAGCGCGUUGCUGUCAGCGGCCACAACGCCAUCGGCGGCUCUUGAGACAGCGGCGGCUGCGCUUAUGCGCAUGCUGUUUCCGCUGAGUGCGGCCGCUCAUGAGUACGCGUAGCGAGGCCUGCGAUCGGUUGCGUGCUUGCGUGGUGUGGUGUGGUGUGGUGUCCGCCACAUGGCACUGCAUCUAUCGGUGCACGUGCUGCAACCAUCAGGUGCGUGCAGCAGGCAAUGGCGAACGGACCUGGCAAUCAACCGCGCCUGGACGAGGGGUGGGGUGGGGUGCGGGGCUGCGGCCCCCGCCGAUUUGAACCCGAGACCAGGAGAAGAUGAUACGGCCGCGGACAUGUGGCUAGGCUGGGGAGAUGCAGCGGGUGUGGCACGCACUUGUGCGGCAGUUGUGUGGCGGUUGUGGUAGAUGUGUACAGUGGCAGACAAUCAAUCAAAUCGUGUGUGUGUUACUUCCCUUGUUGCUAGCUACCCCUGAGCAAAGUAGAACGGCGUGGCUCGAUUGGCCAGGCAGCGCUCUGGGCCAAGCCUGCCGGUGACGCAGCAGCGCAGCUUGUGCUCCGCUCCGUCGAGCGCGAGCUGUUCACACGAGUCGCUGGUGUUGAUUGGCUGCGCAACGCUGGCUUACUUCGUGUUUGGCCGAGGUAGGAACACGGAUUCCGUCCGUGUAAAUGGUUUUGACCUUGCGGGAAUCAUACGGCAAUAAUGCUACGUGGCAAGAAUAAUACAACAAACGGCUCGUCGCUGCCGGCGAGCCAUUCAUGCACUGCCUACCUGGCAUUUUGUUUCAGGGAUGUUUUGCAUAUCAAGUAAAUCAGUAGUAACCUGCAUGGGCGGCGGUCACGGGCGGUACACAGGCGGCAGAAAGAUGGGCAUGCCACCAGUGGCCGGCCGGACUGUCUUCAUUGCCUCAACUACCAUUUGAAGCGAUGCUUGGCUGUCAAAAUAAUCAGCUCUGCUAGCAUGGCAUCCAUAAUGAAGUAAGGUUAUGCGAUGCUGGACUACUUGCUUGCUCGUGGCUUUCAUUCAGUGAUGGUACGUGUUCGAAUGCAUGCAUAGCAUGAGUAUUUUGUGCUGUUGGCGGUGUGCUCGAGGGCGGCGGAUGCUGAUAAUUUGCGUGGGAUUGUGGGGGUAGGGUGACUGGGGUGGUGGUGUUGAUGAGAUGAGAAUGCCGGUGGAAUUUUGCGACGUACGGCGGUCCGCGUGGGGUGGCCAAUCGUCGCAAACCCAGUGAGCGAGUCCCAUAUGAAUGUGGCUGCAUGCUAUGCAUGUGUGUAUGCUGUGUUUGCAACCUGCUGCUGCGUGCCGUUUGGAUCCUAAUCAUUAGUAGCCAUACACGCAGCCACGCGAUCGACAUAUGCUCGGUGUGUGACCUGCUGUGCAUGCAUGGUGCAGCUACGUGCAGCAUGAUGGCAGCACGUACGCACCUUGUUAGAUCUCGUUCUAUAGGUGUCGCGCGCGUACACGUGCGUACAUCCAAAAUCCACCACAUCACCGCCUGCCAGAAGGAGGUACUGCUGCCGCGGCCGGCGGCGCUCACGCACGCGCCUCGACCCUGGCGGUUGAGGAGGAGCGAGGAGGCGCACCGCAGGGGCAGCAGUGGCGAUGACGGCGGCGUUGACACUGCUGGCGAUGCGGGCGGCGGGGAGGUGGAGGAGGAGGAGGACGCAGGCGCGCGCCCGCCUGGCGCAGCUGCUGUGCAGCAGGGCGGCGGCGCAUACGGCUAGAUAGCUAGGCAGCUCCACUGCUGUACACAUGCCGUCUGGCUUGAGUCCGUCGACGCGGCGGGGAGGCCGCUUCGGCGGCCGAUAGCCCCCAUGCACCCCGCUAUCCGACUCGAAGUGCGUGGUCAUAAACGCAUUGCGGCGAAGGCGGUCUCGUCACUGCUGGAUGGUGGCCGUUUUGUGCGGGCGGUUGGGUGCGGUGCCUGGACGAGAGGUGGGGGCUGCUGAGGUAGGACCCCGGUUAACGCCGCGGCGAGACCACGAGGAGCUGAGAAGGCCGCUGAUCAUGUAGCUAGUACGGCAGCGGGUGGGAUAUGUUGAUCUGCGGUAGGUCACAGGCUGGUGGCGGUUGCUGACUUGACUUGACUGGAGUUGGAGUUGCCGUGCAGAGUGAAACCGCUGAGUGAGGCUAGCCAUCGCUGCAUGGCGGGGCUCCAUUAGCUUUAACUAACUAACGUCAGCGGUAUACGAAUGCGACAUCACAAGAAUGUAUGGUGACAUGCAAGCGCAGAGCUGCCGUACAUGCAUACGCACAUACAUGUGUGAGUAGACACUGCAUGUGCAUAAGCUGUGUGCAUGCAUGCAGUGGGGGUGUUGGGUGUUGCAGCCGUGUGGGUGUUGAUUUCGACUGCUUGUAUGUGUGCACGCCAGACGGCGGCGCUGUUCGUUGCCGACGUCUGUGCGCGGGCCUGGACUUGACCUGGCGGCCUGUAAAGCAUGUUACGUUCUGAGGGGUGAAACUGGGGGGAUCGGAUGGAGUGCCGAGACGGUCGCUAUAGUAAGUGGGAUGACGA